ACGAUGUACAAGAGAAAAAUAGAUAUAGAUAUAGAGAGAUUUGUUUAUACCAAAUGGAAAGCUCUUCAAGAUUUCCAAUGGCUACCCUGAUUCAUUUUGUGAUCCUAAUCAUGUAUUUGGUUGAAACUACAAAAUCAAACACAUAUAAAAAUCCUCAUUGUCCACCUUCUUCUUGUGAUAAUUAUAUCACCAACAUCACAACUCCUUUCCGACUUAACACCGAUCCACAAGGAUGUGGCUACAAAAAUUAUGAGCUUUCUUGCGACAACAAUAAUCAUACGGUAUUAUACUUAAACUCUGUCAAGUACUUUGUGAGGUCAAUCAAUUAUUCCAAAUACACAAUUCGAAUAAUGGACUCCAAUGUUCACACCACCAAUUGCUCCUCUCUUCCUAAUAAUUCUCUAACUAAACAUCAAUUCGACCCUUCUCCAUCGGGUAAAGAUCAAUUUGGGAAUCCUUAUGUAUGGGGUUACAAGGUUCCAAAGACAUUAGUAAGCACUAUAGCGUUCUUGAAAUGUGAAAAUCAAGUGAAUUCCUCAUCUUAUGUAGACACUGCUCCUUGCAAAAUAUUUGGUCAUAAUUUUGGGUCUGGAUGCAAAACCAACAGCCAUUAUUAUGUGGUGGAUGGUGGGCUUCGUGUUUCGGAUUUGGAGAGCUCGUGUUGUGUGGUGCUAAGGACUUUGGUGUCGGCUAAGGCAGUGGUGAAUAGAAGGAACACCUCUUAUUUGGACAUUCACAAUGAGCUUGCUUAUGGCUUUGAGCUUUCCUGGUUGAAUCAAUUUUUUAUUAACACAAAACUUGAAGGAAUAUGCUACAUUAAUUCCUCCAACGAGGCCGACUGUUCUUUUCUUAACAUCUUAAGGAGUUUCUGGUUAAAAGUUCUUUUGCCUGCUGCUGCACUACUCGCGUUGAUUGUGGCCUUCUUUGUAAUAAAAUGCAUACUUGGAACACCCCUCAUAAUUGCAUUUUUGGUCUACAAAUGGAGAAGAGGUCACUUUUCUGCUUACAACUUCAUCGAAGAGUUCCUUCACAGUGAUACUAAUAUCACACCCAUAAGAUAUUCUUAUAAAGAAAUAAGAAAAAUGACCAAAAAAUUUAAGAACAAAUUAGGUGAAGGAGGUUAUGGUACUGUAUUCAAAGGAAAGCUUCGAAGUGGUCGUAUUGUAGCAGUUAAGGUACUGAAAUUGCAUAAAUCCCAAAGAAAUGGACAAGAUUUCAUCAAUGAAAUUGCUACAAUUGGAAGAAUACAUCAUGUUAAUGUAGUUCAUUUGAUUGGCUUUUGUGUCCACUCCUCAAAGUAUGCUAUUGUAUACGAUUUCAUGGCUAAUGGAUCACUAGAAAAAUAUAUCUUCUCUCAAGAAGGAAUUUCCUCUUUAAGUUGCAAUCAAAUAUUUGAAAUUGCACUUGGUGUGGCACGAGGAAUUGAAUACUUGCACCAAGGAUGUCAUAUGCAAAUUUUGCACUUUGAUAUCAAACCUCACAAUAUUCUUUUGGAUGAAAAUUUUAUUCCAAAAGUAUCUGAUUUUGGAUUGGCAAGGUUAUGCCCAUUGGAAAAUAACACAAUAUCCUUGACUACAGCAAAAGGAACCUUGGGAUAUAUAGCUCUGGAACAAUUUUACAAAAAUAUUGGAAGGAUUUCUAACAAAGCCGAUGUUUAUAGUUUUGGAAUGUUAUUAAUGGAAAUGGCAAGUAGAAGAAAAAAUGUGAAUGCAAUUGCUGAAAAUUCGAGUCAAAUUUAUUUUCCUUCGUGGGUACAUGAUCAAUUAAGAGAAGGAAAAUUUAUAAACCAAACAGCAGAUAUAGAUAUAGAUACGAUGGAUUUAAAAAUCACAAAAAAGAUGAUUAUAGUUGCAUUAUGGUGCAUACAAUUGAAGCCAAUUGAUCGUCCUACAAUGAACGAAGUCAUAGAAAUGCUCGAAGCAGAAGUUGAAUCUCUUGAAAUGCCUCCCAAACCAUCUCUAACUAUGUUAAGUGAGAAGCCCAAUGAUGAUCAUGGUCAAGAGACAUCCUCUUCAUCAACAAUGUUACCAUUCACUCUAUAAAGAUGAGUUAAUUGAUCCUCAAUCGAACAAUUUACAUCUACAAGAAGUUGUUUUUAUUGCUUUAUAUAUGUAUAAAUACAAUUAUGUUAUACUAUGUUGUACCUUCUUAAUUUUUUUUUUUUCAUAAAUGUUUAUUAUGUUCUACAAGAAUCAUCUUAUUACAAAGGUUAAAAAUUUGUAUUUUGUAUUCUCAACUCCGAACCCUUUUUUAGGGGAGCUGAGGUUGGUAUUUGUGUUAAAUUUUGGUUUAAAGUUAGCGUUCUAUUUUGGUUGAA